GGGCGUUCAAUUCAAUACACGUUUUCUCUGACAGUUGUGAUAUUACACGUCAUAAUUAAUAUAUUUGUUAUAACAUAUUAAUAUAUUUUCUGAUAAAUUUAUCAAUAAUUAAUUAGAAUAAUGGAAGCUCUUUAUCAUCAAACUAAUAAAUUAGUCCAAGAAACUCAACAUCUUUUCACACAACUUGACAGACGUUUGCCUAACCUUGAUCUGAAUGCUGUAGAAAGCGAUAUCAUCGCAAAAAUUAGUUUAAUUAAUAGCAAUUGUGAAAGAUUAGAUAUUCUGUGCAUGAAAGGACCCAUAUCACAGCGACAAAAUGCAAAAAUGCGAGUAGAUCAACUAAAGUAUGAUAGUCGUCAUCUUAGUGCAGCUUUAAAAUCUUGGAAAAAUCAACAAAUUCGUCGACAACAAGAAGAAAACGAACGCCAAGCAUUACUUGCUCGUGAAUUUACCACAAAUGAUCACAUAGAUAUUUUGAUUGAUCACAGUUUAGAAUAUAACAAUCGAAUGAAUAAUGCUAAUGAAGGAGUAAAUAAUCUUCUUCAACAUGGAUCAGGAAUUUUAGAAAAUUUACGGUCACAAAGACUGACACUAAAAGGUGCUCACAGACGUCUAGUGGAUAUUGGUAAUACUUUAGGAUUAUCAAAUACUACAAUGAGACUAAUUGAAACUCGAGCUCGUCAAGAUGGAUUCAUUUUAGUAGGAGGAAUUCUUUUCACAUGUUUUGUUAUAACGUUAGUAAUUAUUUAUAUGACGUAGUUUCAUUAUAAUCUUUCUUUUUGUAUGAUAUUGACAUUCCUUGAUAAAUCUAUUUGUAUAUAUUAAAAUAAUUAAAUAUCAAUUAUUAAUUAUUAUAUGUAGUUAAUAAUUCAA